AACAUCCUCACGCUGCAUUGCCAAUCCAGAUGUUCUUACCCAAAAUGGGGCCGGGAAGCAGCCUCUCUGGCCUUCCGUGACUCAUGAAACAGUCCCCUUAACUCCACACACAAAGAUUGCAGCCUGUGUGAACUUUCCCCUCCAAAGCGCCAGCUGAGCCUCAUUUCACUCCCCCUUCCCACCUCCAUCGCAGCAGGAUCCCAUCACCUCCAGCUGCAAUCCCUUUCCCUUCAUAUAUAGAAAGGGUCAGACGAAGACCUUCCUGCUCUUUGCCUUUGCAUUAUUCUUUUGGUUCUCCCUUCUGGUCUUUUCAACGAUGCCUGUGGAUUUCAGUGGCACCUGGAAUAUGACCACUAGUGACAACUUUGAGGGUUAUAUGCUGGUCCUUGGUAUUGACUUUGCAACUCGUAAGAUAGCAAACCUGUUGAAACCCCAGAAAGUCAUAAAACAGGAUGGGGACUCAUUCACUAUCAGCACAACAAGCACUUUCCGAAACUAUUUUGUUCAGUUCAAAAUUGGGGAGGAGUUCGAAGAAGACAACAAAGGCUUGGACAACAGGAAAUGCAAGAGUGUGGUGACCUGGGAUGGUGACAAACUUGUGUGUGUGCAGAAGGGAGAGAAGAACAACAGAGGCUGGACCCACUGGAUUGAAGGAGAUGAGCUGCAUUUGGAACUCCGUUGUGAGAACCAAGUAAGCAGGCAGGUCUUCAAGAGAGCGUGAUGCAGAAGCAGUGACAUCCCGAAGGAAACCACGGCUGGGAUCCUUGCACAGGAGUGCUCCUCUAUAGCACAACCUUCCCAGCUGCCAUCAGCUUCUUAAAUUAAGCUUUGUUUCCCUCAUUACUCGUUAUAAUAAUAAAACACUUUCAAGUGA